GUCGCCCUAAUCAGUCCAAAUUUGUCUUAUAAAAUUUUCGUCUCCAAAAUUUUAUCCCCUUUCGCAUAUUUUGUGAGGGAGGAUAAACCAGAACCUAUAAGUGAAUAAUCAAAUUCAGUGCUUCCUGGACUGAUUGUUGAAAUUGUGAGUCGGACGAGGUGCAGAAGUGAGAAUGGGUUGGGGUCACCUGGGAAGAACUGGGCAAUCCAAGAGGGGUGAGCCGAGCACCAGUGCGGAGGCUGCUCCCGGAAACACCGAACAAUCCGUGCCUCGGCAAUUCCCCCGGGCGGCUCAGCCUGAGAUCAUGAGAGCGGCCGAGAAGGAUGAUCAGUAUGCCUCUUUCGUUUAUGAAGCCUGUCGCGAUGCCUUCCGUCACCUCUUUGGUACUAGAGUUGCAGUUACCUACCAAAGCGAGACAAAACUAUUGGGACAGAUGCUUUACUAUGUGCUGACAACAGGUUCAGGACAGCAGACGCUUGGAGAGGAAUAUUGUGACAUCACUCAGGUUGGAGGACCUUAUGGACUUCCUCCUACUCCUGCAAGGCGUGCUCUUUUCAUUGUAUACCAGACAGCUGUUCCAUAUAUUGCAGAUCGAAUAAGUUCUAGAAUUGCUUCCCGAGGCAUUGCCCUCUCUGAUUCACAAUCUGCUGAGGUCUAUGGCGAAAAUGGUACCAUUAGGAGUAGUGAAUUUCAAACUUCUGAUGCGAGGGAACUUCCCUCUUCUGCAUCAGGGCAAUCUCUUACAACUCUGACAAGGUUGAAGGGGAAACUGAGAGGACUUUGGUUGCAUGUUGUUCAGAGAUGGCCUACGAUGCUUCCUAUGGUUCGUGAGUUGUUGCAACUGGUUCUUCGUGCUAAUCUUAUGUUCUUCUAUUUUGAAGGUCUCUAUUACCAUAUAUCAAAACGUGCUGCAGGAAUUCGAUAUGUCUUCAUUGGAAAGUCAUUGAAUCAAAGGCCCAGAUAUCAAAUUCUGGGUGUAUUUCUAUUGAUUCAGCUCUGUAUAAUUGCUGCCGAAGGGCUACGUCGGAGCAAUUUAUCUUCAAUUGCGAGUUCAGUUCAUCAGACAUCCUUUGGGGCGCACCAGAGAUCAGCAGGACGAGGUUUGCCUGUUUUAAAUGAGGAGGGUCUCCCAGUAUCGUCAGACACAGACAAAGGAAAUUGGUUAUCUGACACUACACAUUCGGAGUCCCAAGCAGCUAGUGGAGUGGCCAAAUGCACGCUCUGCCUGAGUAAUCGGCAGAACCCAACAGCCACUUCCUGUGGCCAUGUAUUUUGCUGGAACUGUAUAACGGAAUGGUGCAACGAAAAGCCAGAAUGCCCUCUUUGCCGCACCCCCUUAACUCACUCAAGUCUAGUGUGUCUCUAUCAUUCAGACUUCUAGAAUCUGCCUCUUGUCAGCAAAGACCCUUAAUCUUCUAUUUAUCACCGAUAAGAGAGGCAUCAAAGGAUUUUUUCCGCCUUGUAUAGGAAAAUAGUACAAGCUAAGAGUGAGGCAUUUGGUGUAGGGAUCUUCUAAAGCUAGAGGACGACUUUCCCAAAAUUUGUUGGUGAAAUCCCAGUCUAGUUAAUCCAACCAUUUUUCUAUA